CACUGUCUGGGCCACACCCUGUUCUGGAGCUUUCCACACAUCACCUGGGUGUAUUUAAGCUUCACUGGUUGCACUAGUUCUCUGCCAGAUCGUUGCACCUUGUGCCUGUAUUCUGUGUUUUCUAGUCCUGCUUCCAUGUUGUGUUUUAACCACCUGCCUGUUUAUCCGACCACACCUAACGCCUGAUGAUUCUGAUUUGUUUACUGAUUUUGAACUGCCUUUCUGUGUACCGGACCCCACUGAUUCAUUCAGUAGACGAUCUUAAAAACCAGAGCUGUGUUGUUGAGUCCAACAUUUGUGUCCAGAUGUCCAACAAAGCUGAUGAUUGUUAGAUUUUUACUAUCUUGUUCAUGAAAUGUGUGCGUGAUUAGGCCCCAUCAUGUGGGUGUAACCUCCAGAGGAGGAAGCCUAAUUUCAGCACUUUAAUUGCAACAUUCCUCUCAGACAAGUCACAAGUGGAUGUAAACACUGAGUGACCCUCUGCCGGUCUGGCUUCCUGCAAAACCAGAUUAUGAUUCAGAUUUGAAGCAGUGUGGAAACAUGGGGGUCCUGGGGUCUGGCGGGCCGAUUUUAAUGCUGCUGUGGAUGUGGAUCUGUCAUGCACAACACCAGGCAGAGGAGGUGGAGCUGUUCCAUUCUACGAAAGAGACCGAACUAGGAUGGAAACCUGACCCACGCAAAGCUUGGACUGAAGUGAAGCUGAGAGUUGGUACAGAGAAUCGGGUUCCUGUGCUCCAGGCUUGCGCGGGCACAAAAGCAACACUUUUAAGCAAAUGGAUGGAGCGUAACGAAGCCCACUGGCUUUUGAUGGACAUCGCAUUUGCCCAAGAAGAGGAGCCGUACGGACUAAUCAGCCCACUGCAGGUUUACCUUUCCAACUCUGACACACCUGUCACCAGGUUUGCAAACAGCUGGACUGGACUUCACCUGCAGACGUCCCAGCUGCUUCCUGUUGCGUUCAGAUUGCACCAAAUAUCGAGUUACCUGACCCACAGGCGGGAACUGAACUUGGGCGCUGUCACUCAGAGGGGCUUCCAGCUCGGAUUCUCCUAUUCGGGACCUUGUGUACUGAUAACAUCCAUCAGACUGUACUACAGGAAGUGCCCUGACCUGCUUUCUGACCUGACCUGGUUCAAAGGGAUUGCGGCAGGAUCAGGACCCCAGGUGGGUUCCUGUGUGGAGGGAGCUGUGGAGGUUUCUCACGUUGUUCGGGAGUGCUCUGUGGAUGGAAUGUGGGGUCCAUUGCAGGGGGCGUGUGUCUGCCAAGCUGGACACCAUGUGGUAGGCGACACCUGUCAAGCGUGCAGCGUGAACUUCUACAAACCGGCCAAUGAGAGUGGAGGAUGCCGCCCGUGCCCACCAAACAAAAGGACUCACAGAGAGGGAUCAGAGAGCUGCCACUGUCUGCCGGGCUACAGCAGCCUGCCAGAUGACCCGCCUGAGCACGGCUGCUCCAAGCCGCCCUCUGCUCCGGUCAAUCUAACCAUUCACCAUCACAAUGACUCGAUGCUGAUGCUGACUCUGACGUGGGAUCCUCCUCUGGACUGGGGGAGCCGACCCGAAGUGAUGUACAGUGUCUCAUGUUCGGAGAAGAAGGACGAGGCUGGCGGCGUCUGGGAACCGUGUGGAGACAACGUAGUUUUCCUGCCAAACUCGACCAAGCUGAGCGACACGUCAGUCACUAUCACAGGUCUGAACCCCCAGUGCCACCACAAACUGUCCGUGUAUGCCUGGAAUUCCAUAUCCUACCAGCAGAAGGCUCCUUCACCCAGUGCCACCGUUACCAUCCACAGAUGGAAAGUACCUGUGGUGAUCCCUGUGACUCCAGUCUUGAACAUCUCAGAGGUGGAGAUAACGCCUUCAACUCCGUUCCUGGGUCAUUCCUCCGUGUGGCUGAUGGGUGCUGUUGUGUUUGGCAGUUUGUUGCUAAUUGGUGUACUCCCCAUUGUGUUGUGUUUGCUACGCCACCCCUACGUUAAAUUCAGGUCUGAUCAGGAAGUUGAGCUUUUGCCAUUGAACACUGUCAUUUCUUACCGACGACAACAGGAGGAAGAGCCUGAACCGCAACAGGCUCAAAUGGUAGAAGGUGCAUUGCAGUUGUUGGAGGACUUCAGUGACAUGCUGCUGGUCAGCCUCAAGGACGUCCUGGUGGAACGAAACAAGCUGACGCUGGGCAAGGAGCUGGGGAAAGGAGAAUUUGGCUCAGUGUAUGAAGGUGUCUUCACACCAGAGGAAGGUGUGGACUUAAAGGUUGCUGUGAAGACAAUGAGAGUUGGGAUCCACAAUCAGGAAGACUUGCAUGAGUUUUUGAAAGAGGCAGAGAUGAUGAAGAACUUUAACCAUGAUAAUGUGGUCAGACUAGUUGGGGUCACUCUACAGAAGGAGCAGGACAGUCCUCUACCUGUUCCUUUGGUCAUCCUGCCCUUCAUGAAGCACGGAGACCUGCGACGCUUCCUCAUUGCUACACGUUACGGGGACGUUCCCAUGUUUGUGCCACACCAGAGUCUACUGCGUUUCAUGAUUGACAUCUCAACAGGGAUGGACUAUCUGAGCUCACGGGGUUUUCUGCACAGGGACCUGGCUGCACGUAACUGCAUGUUGGGCGAUGACCUAAGAGUGUGUGUGGCUGAUUUUGGUCUCUCUAAGAAAAUCUACAGCAGCAAUUAUUAUCGUCAGAAAGUAGCUAUCCGGGUCCCCGUCAAGUGGAUGGCCAUAGAGAGCCUGUCCGAGUCGCUCUACACCACCAAAAGUGAUGUGUGGUCUUUUGGGGUAACCAUGUGGGAGAUCGUGUCCAGAGGAAGGACUCCGUACCCUGGAGUCCACAACCACGAGCUGCUGGACCUGCUUUUGUCUGGGUACAGACUCAAACUACCUGAGGACUGUGACCUCAAACUCUAUGAAGUCAUGCACACCUGCUGGGAUCAGGACCCAAACCAGAGGCCUGGUUUCAGGGAACUGGGCGAGAUGUUGAAAGCUCUUCUGUCAGAGCUGCCGGUGCUGGAUGCCAGCCAGGAAGCCUGCUACAUCAACCAGGGCCUGGAGGCCGCCGCUGCCUCUGAGGAGCCACACACAGACUCAGACGAGGGACGAUGCGCGAAUGUCUACCUGCCUGCUCCUGUGGGUGCAGCUGUAACCACCAGGGUGACAGAAGAAGAAUACCUUCACUUUAUUCAUGACUCGGCAAUAAAGGGGGAAGAUGUUUCUUAAAAUUCAUUAUAACAGUUACAAAGCAGGUACUUUCCAGUCACUACAUCUGUGAAAGAACAACAGAAGGAAGGGCAUUGUUUGGGUACCAGCUCCCACAAUACCCUCGUUGACUAAGACCAUUUAACAUGUUUUGACUCAAGACCUGUACCCACUCCACAGUCAAGUCCCCAAAGAGGUUUUCCUUCUCUCCUCUGAAACUAUAACAGUUUUGAUUUCCUUUGAAUGACUGAGGCUAUGGGUUUCAGAUGGUUGGUUCAUAUAUCUCAGCCACUGUUGGUGUAUCUAGUCUAAAAAAAAA